AUGGAAGAGAAGGAUUUGAUCAUGAUGUUGAGGGAACACUUACCGGACAAGUGUUACAUGAUUGUGUUUGAUGACGUGUGGAAAAUUGAAUUUUGGAGAGAUGUAGAGCAUGCGUUACUUGAUAACCAAAAAAAUAGUAGAGUAAUGCUAACGACACGGAAUAACGCAAUUGCUGAAUUCGUACCAUUGUCAAUAGUUCAUGUUCACAUGCUUGAACCCUUGUCUUUAGAGGAGGGAUGGGAACUUUUUUGUAGAAAGGCAUUAGGCUCUGACGGCUGUUGUCCUCCAAACUUGACGGAAUUAUUGAAACGGAUCGUUGGAAAAUGUGGAGGUCUUCCUCUAGCAAUAUCUGCGAUGGGUGGGCUUCUCUCAAGAAAAAACAAGAUUGUUUCUGAAUGGGAAAAUUUACUAGAUAGUUUGGGCUCAAAAUUAAGCACUAAUUCCCGUCUUAGUGAUUGCAAGAGAGUUUUGUCUAAAGGUUAUUAUAAUCUCCCUCACCAUCUCAAGCAAUGUCUCUUAUACUUUGGUGUGUUUCCAGAAGGCUACGAAAUUAAAUUUGGUAGACUAAUUUGCCUUUGGAUAGCUGAAGGCUUUGUCCAAUGCAACAACCACCUUCCAUCUGAGCAUGAUGCUGAAGAAUACUUGAAAGAACUUAUUGAUAGAUGCUUAGUUCAAGUUUCAAAAAGAAAAGCUUAUAGACGAGCUAAAAGUUGUAGAGUUCAUAAUUUGAUGUAUGAGAUCAUUCCCAGAAAGAUGGGGGCAUGUGAUUUUGGUCUUUUCUUUGAUGAAGAAAACUUCAGCCACUUCAGUAAAACUCAGCGUAUUUCAACACACAACUGCACUAAUGGUGUUUUAGAAAGCAUAAAAAAUUCAAAGAUCCGAUCCAAUUGUCUUUUCAAUGUAGACAAAUUGCCUGAGUCUUUCAUGACUACAUUUGUUGUUGAUUUCAAGCUUUUAAAGAUACUUGAUUUUGAAAAUGCCCCUUUGGAUUGUCUUCCUGAUGGAGUGGGAAAGCUCUUCCAUUUGCACUACUUAAGUUUGAAAAAUACAAAAGUUAAAGAACUUCCCAAGUCCAUGGGCAUGCUUCUCAACUUAGAGACUCUUGAUUUGAAGUGGACUUUUGUAAUUGAGCUUCUAAUUGAGAUCAAGAAUUUGAAAAAAUUGCGCUGUCUAAUUGCAAAACGGUGUGACAACAAAGGUUCUUACGGAGCAAUUAUACAGGAAGGUUUUGGGGCUUUAACAGAGUCGCAGCAGCUACGGUAUGUGCAGGCAAACACUAAAGUACUUGAAGAGCUUACGAAACUGAGGCAGACGAGAAAGUUGGGCAUUGGGGUUAAAAAAAGAGAUGUGAAGGAUUUGUUUGCUAUUAUCCAAAAUAUGGAAAACCUUGAAGGUUUGACUGUAUCAGUGUUUACAAAGGGAGAAGAGCCUUUUGAUAUACAAUCCUUGGCUUCUCCUCCUUUAUGUCUUCAGCGAUUUGGUUUUGGAGGGAUGUUCAUUGAAAUUCUACCAGUUUGGAUUUCUAAACUUCAAAACCUAACUGGAUUAGAUUUGUAUUUGAAAGGAUCAACCAAUGAUUCAAUGACAAUCCUUCAAACUUUGCCUAACUUAUUGAAGCUUUUUCUCACUGUGGAGAACUGUGAUGAACAAUUGCAUUUCAAAGAAGGUUGGUUUCCAAAGCUCCAAUACUUGUAUCUCUACGACUUCGAAGGAUUGAAAUGCGUGAUGAUAGAGAAAGGUGCAAUGCCUAGUUUGACAGUGCUGUAUAUUGGACCAUGCCCAUUGUUGAAGGAGAUUCCAAUAGAAAUUGAGCAUCUCAAUAACCUAAAGAAAGUUGUAUUUCGUAUGAUGUUGAAGGAGGUUUAUUGCAUGAUAACAAAUGAGAACUGGGAGAAUGUCACCAAACACAUUCCACAAGUACAUAUCAGCUAUAAAGAGACAAAUAGAGAGUAA